AUGGCGGCCGCCCAUGUGACCGACUUUACCAAGGAUCUGGCCGAUUUAGUCGAGGAACGAGCUGCAAUGAUCCAGAAUUACGUCGACGAGGGCAGGGCCGUCUCGAGGGACGAGCUGGCCAAGUACGUCUGGAGUACCGCGAAGAAGAUCUACAAGCUGAUCCACCCUUCCAAGAGCAACCAGAAGCGCAAGUCGGCUUGGGACAGCGCCAAGGGCAUGCUCAAGGAGAUCAUUGACUUCGAGCUGUUCCACCCAGACACCUUCCACGGUCCGGGUGUCAGGCACGUGCUGGAGCCAAAAGUGUUGGAGGUGUUGCAGAACUACCACUACUUUGUCUUGACAGGGGAGGUUCGCACGCGACACUUUCCUCCGAAGCUGUUGGGCGAGACGGACGAGCUCUUGUGCGUAGACAAGCCUGUCAACUUCACCUGUGCCUACGGUGGAAGGGAGCCGUUGCCGCCGGUUUCUGGUGCAAAGACGCCAGCGCAGCUGCUGAACAGCGAGAAGGAUGCUGUCCAACUCCAUGAGUACCUGGCUCUCAAGUUCGACUACGAGACAGCUCUUGGCACCCGAGAAUUUUGGGCCGAGGUGGAAAGGAAAGGUCUCAAGACGCAGCCGUGCCAAUGCGGAAAGUGCGGCAUCUGUGCUUGCAUGCAAGCGGGCUGCUGCAUCCGGUUGGAUAAGGAGACGUCGGGCGUGAUGGUGGCAGCCAAGACCAAGAACGGCUUUCCCGAGAUUCGGAUGCAGUUCAAAAGCGAGCACAGCCUGGAGGAAGGAGGAACGGAGAAGUCUUACUUCGCCCUGGUGCGUGGACAGGUCCAGGUUCCCGUGAAACCCAUGCGCCCGAAUGAGGACUGGAAGCAUGAGCCGCACGAGAGCAGCGAGCACGGCCGACGAGGACGAAUAGAGAUUGCGAUGUUGUUUGAUCAGGCGAAGGGGAUGGCAUCUUGUUGGAAUGAUCCCAAGAGCGGCAAGGGAAAGGCCCAGCAGAAUGGACAAGCUGGCAAAGGCUGGACAGAUGGAGGCGGCGAUGCGGCAGGAAAGACGCCGAGAAGGCUAUAUGCACUUACCUUCUACGAGCCUAUCGCCUGGUUCACCAACCAAGAUCGAGAGCAGUUUACGCUGCUGCAUGUUCAGCUUGUGACGGGCCGAACACACCAGAUCAGGUUUCACUGCAGUGCCAUUGGCUUUCCCAUCGUGGGGGAUUGCCAGUACGGUGCUCCGCAAAGAGAUCGAGAUUGGGCCAAAAGAGUUUUCUUGCACUCUUACGAGACCAGAUUUCGGGAACCCUUCACCAACCGGUGGUUUGAGGCUACGUCUCCGCUGCCGCAAGAUCUGGGUCAGCUGCUGUGUGGUUUGGUCUUGGACCGCGUGAAGGAAGGAUGUCGAAGCUUCCUGUCCAGAAGGCAGCAUGCCGCCUUGAAGGCAAUCUUCAAGCAAUACGAUGCAUCGACGAAGCUUCUUCGCUCUCGCGAUGCACCGGUCAAUGCUGCAAAGAUUGUGGCAGAGACUUCUGAGUUCCCGGUCCAGGCAAGUCAGCCUGGUCCGUCUGGUCAUGCUGGUCAUGCUGGUCAUCCUGAUCAGCCUGGUCAGCCUGCAGACACGUCAGACCAGUGGUGGCGGGGCCAGUCCUGGGGUCACGAGAACGGGAAGUGGUCGUCGCCAUGGGCGAAGAAACCAAGCGGCAAAGGCCAGUCACAGGAGGACUCCGACAGCGACGAAGCCUGGGGCACCUGGAAGCCCACAAAGGCGGCAACCAGGCCCAGCAAUGGGGUGCCCGAGCCUGAGGCAAAGAGGCCUGCUUGCCGUUGCCUGUGCGGCACCGCGAGCAUGGGAGAAUGCCUUGUGCUUUUGCACGUGGCAACCUUCCGCUGA